AUGAGUGAUAUUUCGGUAGAAAAACCACAUCAAGAUGGUUUAUUUGAUAAUUCAUCAUCUUCACCAUCCUUAAACAAACAAGAUCCUUUAACUGAAGAUAAUAAUGAAGAAGUAGAAAGAGAAGCUGGUGAAAGAGGCAAUAUUUUAUCACAAUAUACAGAAAAACAAGCUAUGCAAAUGGGAAGAAACUACGCUUCUAAAAAUGACUUAGAUCCUGAGUUAUUUGCAAAAGCUGCUGCUUUAGCUAGAGCCCCAGGUGCUUUUAAUUCAAUGAAUUUCUUAACUGAUGAAGAAAAAUCAAUUUUAUAUAAAGAAGCUACUAAAAAAUGGUUUUUGAGAAAGAAAAUGAUUGCUGUUGUUGCUGUGGGAGCCAUGGCCGCAGCUGUUCAAGGUAUGGACGAAUCAGUUAUCAACGGACUGACUUUGUAUUAUCCGCUGGCUUUUGGGGUUGAUCAGAUGAAAAAUGCCGAUUUAAUUGAGGGUCUUGUUAACCUGUCACCAUAUCUCAUAGGUAUGUUAAACAACUUUAUUUAACGCUUAUAAUUGAUGGUUUAUAGCCAAUUAUAAUGCUUUCAACAUGAGAGAGUACUAACAGAAUGUUUAGCGAGUGUUAUAGCAUGUUGGUUUUCAGAUUUUUUUAACAAAAAAUAUGGAAGAAAGAAAGUUAUAUUUUGGACGUGUUUUGUUUCUGCUGUCACUUGUAUAUGGAGUGGUUUCACGAAUAAUUGGUGGCAUUUGAUGCUUUCUCGAAUGUUCUUAGGGGUAUUUAUUAAACGACUUUAAUUGUUGUUCACAAAAAUUUUGGCUGCAAAAUUUUUUUUGCGACCAUUUUUUUGGAACACACACUACUUUGUUGAUAGUUACUAACAUUACAGGUUGGUAUCGGUAUUAAAUCAGCUACUGUUCCACCUUACGCUGCAGAGUGUGCUCCUAAACAUGUUAGAGGUGCUUUAGUUAUGUUAUGGCAAUUUUUUACUGCUGUCGGUAUUAUGUUUGGUUAUGUAGCAUCGUUGGCAUUUUAUUACGUUCCAAAACAUGGAAUUGAAUCAGGUAUAAAUUGGAGAUUAAUGUUAGGUUCAGCUUGUAUUCCAGCUAUUAUUGUUUUGUUUCAAAUUCCAUAUGUUCCCGAAUCACCAAGAUGGUUAAUGGGUAAAGGUAGACAUAGAGAAGCUUAUGAAUCGUUGAAUGAAAUGAGACUUUUACCUGUAGCAGCUGCAAGAGACUCAUUUUAUCAGUAUGUUUUAUUGCAAGAAGAAGGCUCAUUAGAUAUUCCAACUUGGAAAAGAAUUAUUCAAAUGUUUACCAUCACUAGAAAUAGAAAUGCUGUAAUUGGUUCAUGGAUUGUAAUGUUUAUGCAACAAUUUUGUGGUAUCAAUGUUAUCGCUUAUUAUUCAUCUAGUAUUUUUAGAGAAUCAGGAUUUGAUGAUAUUUCAGCAUUAUUAGCAUCAUGGGGAUUUGGUAUGGUCAAUUUUAUAUUCGCUAUCCCUGCUUUCCUUACUAUUGAUAAAUUUGGUAGAAGAGCAUUAUUGUUAACAACGUUUCCAUUGAUGUGUAUAUUUUUAUUAAUCACUGGUUUUGGUUUUUUGAUUCAUGAAAGUAAUCGACAAGGUAGAUUAGCUAUGGUUGCUACUGGUAUUUAUAUCUACUCAGCUAUUUAUUCAUCAGGUGAGGGUCCAGUCCCAUUUACAUAUUCUGCUGAAGCUUUUCCACUUUACAUUAGAGAUCUCGGGAUGUCAUGGGCCACAGCUACUUGCUGGUUCUUCAACUUUAUACUAGCAUUUACAUGGCCGCGUAUGAUGAAUGCUAUGACCCCAACGUAUGCACACGAGUCUUAGGUAAAGCAUUGCAAAGUAUUGACAAUUGAAUAUGGAUCAAGUUCGGUCGUGCAGAGUAUGCGCGCGCGCCAAAAAAGAUUUGGUAGAGCUACCGAUUUUUAUAUUCAAAUUCAAUUCUUUUUUAAAUGACUUUACCAUUCAAUUUACAAUAUACUAACUUUCAAUCUUAGUGGUGCUUUUGGAUUUUAUGCUGGCUGGAAUCUUGUCGGGUUUUUCCUUGUUUUAUGGUUCCUUCCGGAGACCAAAGGUUUGACUUUAGAAGAAUUAGAUGAUGUUUUUGCUGUUCCAGCUCAUAAACAUGCAGCUUAUCAAACUAAAGCAUUCUGGAAUGGUAUUCAAAGACAUAUAUUCAGAAAGCAAGUUGAGCCAUUACCACCAUUGUACAAAAAUCAUAGAAUGGCAGUCACGAAUGAUGAAUGGAAUGAAAAAACUGAGGUUUCGCAUGUAGAAUAA